UCAGAGAAGCGCUCGAGCUCCUGUGAGUUGAGGGAGCAGAGUGGGAGAGCGCGCGCGCCGUGUAGUCAGUGUCAGUCAGUGAGCGGGACCGGGCGCACUUGUGUGGUGUUAGUUAGUGGAGCUUGGCUGGUCAGUGCGCUUGUUUCAUUUGUUUCCUCGCUCGUCUAAGAUGGGAUUCUGACAGCAACCGGGGCUGCGGGCGCCGCCGGCUCCUCCUGACCGGAAAAUGAAGCGUCUCUGUCGGAGGCUGGCGGUGGCCGUGGCGGUGCUGGUGUGGCUGGGAGCGCUGGUUUACCUGCUGGUGUUGAGCCGGAGGAGGCUGCCGGAGCUAGGUACCGGAGCGGGAGCAGGGGGCGGAGGAGGACCGGGAGGCGGAGAGACAGCGUACAACCAGAUUUCGGAUGCAGAAUGGGAGGACAUGUUGGAGGGCUUUGAUGAGCGGGGUUACCUGAGCGCUCGGCGCUGGAAGCCUGGUGACGACCCGUACACCCUGUACGCUUUCAACCAGAGAGAGAGCGAACGCAUCCCCAGCAACCGAGCCCUGAGGGAUACAAGGCACUACAGGUGCACCACUCUUCAGUACGACUCUGAUCUUCCUCCAACCUCCAUCAUCAUCACCUUCCACAAUGAGGCCAGAUCUACCCUGCUGCGCACCAUCAAGAGUGUUUUAAACAGGACUCCAGUUCACCUCAUCCAUGAGAUCAUUCUGGUGGAUGAUUUCAGUGACGACGAAAGUGACUGCCAGCUUCUCACCAAACUGCCCAAAGUAAAAUGUCUUCGCAACAAAAAGAGAGAAGGUCUGAUCAGGUCCAGAGUGCGGGGGGCUGAUGCUGCCAGGGCCCGAGUGCUCACCUUCCUGGACAGCCACUGUGAGGUCAACAAGGACUGGCUGCCCCCCCUCCUGCAGAGGAUCAAACAGGACUCGACACGAGUGGUCAGCCCGGUCAUCGACAUCAUCAACAUGGAUACUUUUGCCUAUGUGGCGGCCUCUGCUGAUCUCCGUGGAGGUUUUGAUUGGAGUCUCCAUUUUAAAUGGGAGCAGUUGUCGUCUGAACAGAGAGCUCGAAGGACCGACCCGACUCAGCCAAUCAAGACUCCCAUCAUUGCAGGUGGGCUCUUUGUGAUUGACAGGUCCUGGUUCAAUCAUCUCGGCAAAUACGACACCGCAAUGGACAUCUGGGGCGGGGAGAACUUUGAGAUCUCGUUCCGAGUGUGGCAGUGUGGCGGCAGUCUGGAGAUCCUGCCCUGCAGCAGAGUGGGUCACGUCUUCAGGAAGAAACACCCAUACGUCUUUCCUGAGGGCAACGCCAACACAUACAUCAAGAACACACGUCGCACAGCUGAGGUGUGGAUGGACGACUUCCGUCUCUUUUACUACUCCGCUCGCCCGGCAGCACGAGGAAAAUCCUAUGGAGAUAUCCGAGGCAGAGUGGAACUCCGCAAGAAGCUCAAGUGUAAAUCCUUCAAGUGGUACUUGGACAACGUCUACCCAGAGCUCAAGGUCCCAGACGACUCGGACUCACAGUCGGGGGUGAUCAGACAGAGGCAGAACUGUCUGGAGUCUCGCAGGGUGGAGGGCCAGGACAUACCUGUCCUCACAUUAGCCCCCUGCAUAGGAACGGAGGGGGUCCCCGCCAUCAACCAGGAGUGGGUGUACACUCACGGGCAGCAGAUCCGUCAGCAGCAGCACUGCUUGUCUCUGUCCACCACCUUCCCUGCCUCCCAGGUCCUGCUGCUGCCCUGCAACAUGGCGGAUGGCAAGCAGCGGUGGCAGAAGUCAGGGACUCACCUGGAGCACCUCGUGUCUCGGUUCUGCUUGGACUCGGAAAUGGCUCUGGAUGGGAUGGACUCUUCCCGGAUGCUGGUGAUCAGCCCCUGUGAACUGAGCGCUUACACACAGAGAUGGGAGGUGCCCUUCUCCUGACCCCCGACCCCGAGAGCUUUCACCUCUAGAAACCUGCCCUGUCUCACCCAUUCAGCGCCUCAAAGACCUGGGCAGAGUCAGCUGCUCGCACCGACUGAGCAUGCAUGAGCAGUCAUGUCACGGUGCUGUGUCCAGGAUAUUGGAACAGAAAGCUGAUGAAGACUUCCAGAGGUUUUUCCAAGGUGUUAGAGUGAAAAGAAAUUCAGAACAUUGUCAGGUAUAAAAUCCUGAUUUAUUAAUGAGGUGCGCUGGAUUGAAAUGCUAGCAGGAGGAGAGGAGGCAUUUAAAAUGAGUGCUCUGUCGGUUUGCCUGGAGAAUCAAGUAUCUAUUUUUAAGGCUGUUAAAAAGUUUGGUGGAGUUAAACUAAGUGCACCUUAAAACCCUGAACUGUCAAAGAGUCGAAAUGGACAAAAACGUUGCUUGGAGGAAAAAAAUCCGUCAGAGAAUGUGUUAUAUAAUCUUUUGGAAUGAAAGUGUCUGUUUAAGAAUCUGGGAAUUAAAACCAAGCACAACUGGAGAAUUUAAUUUACUUGGUGAAAUACCUGUUAUUAUCUUUACUGCAGUAUAAUUAUCCUAAUAGGAUCCUUACUGGGGUGUGAUCACAGGGCUGUACUAUGAAGCAGGAUUUGAAGUUGUCAGGUAGCUUUAGGUUUAACUCUGGGUUUUCAGUUGUUAACUUCCACUGAACCGCUAACCUGCUCCAUGGUCGAUUAUGUUCCAGAUAACAGAUCAAUACGUAUAAAACUGCCACCUACUGACCAAUCAGUUCUCUUGGAAAAUGGCAUCACCAGUCGUAGAAGAUGCUGUGAAGCUCACUGAACAGACGCUGAGAAUGCCUCAAAGGAGGGCAAGAUUUUAUAGAGACAGACUAAACUCUUUUCUAUCCCUGAUGAGCUUUCAUAUAAGAGAUAUAGAUUCUGGGUGGAGGGAGCUUCAGUCUUCCUUUAUUCAUUUAUUAAUUUCCAUAUUGACAGCAAGACAUUUCAAAGCCAUCUCACUGUUCUGUUGUCCUUUAAUUAAAUUUAUUAAAGCACUAAAGAUUUACGGUAAAGCUAUUCACCUGUUUAAAUUCUGUUUAAAUAUUUGUUCCUUACUUAAUCUCAAGACUAUUUACCACCACCAGGGUUGCAGCUGAAAGAAUAGGACUAAAACUGACUUACACACUAGGAGAACAGGCUACACAUUCAGAUCUGACUUAAUGCUGGGGCAGUAAAAUUAAUGUUGACAGGCAAUACUUUUUGCCAUCUUACCUUCUUGCUUUCACCCUUUAUUAUAUUUUUAAAUUACCUGUAUUGGCUUAAGAUUAUAAUUUGUUCUGCUUGUGAGAAAUAUGCAGCUCAAGACCUGCAGGUUUUCUCAUCUGGUGCCGAUACUCCCCCCAUAUAUGAACGCACACAUUUCUUGAUUCAGCAUCACUGGUUUGACUUAAUACGUUCCAGCUUCAUGUGACAGGUCAGUGAGACUGAUUUGUUGGGUUUAGUGAAGCCAAAUAACAUGAGGAUAUCCUGACUAUGUUGAACUUGUUUCGUAGUACAGGCCUCUGGAACGCAGUAGUUAAGCCCAUGUAAGUUGACCGACAGCACAAAAUCCUAAUUCACUUGUGUUUCUUAACCUCUGAUCUUUGUCACCAAGCAGACUUAAAUCAUCUCAAAUGUGGAAACUGACCAACAAAUGAAAAAAAAAAUUCUGUAAAUUUCAAGAUAACUGAAUAUAAAGUUCUCCCCAGAGGAUGACAGAACCAAACACUCUAACAAAGAAUGACUCAGAUUUGUCUGAGUGGAGUCAUUUGGGGAUCAUUUCUACAAUUCUCCUUAAACAGGAUUAAAAAUAUAUAAAUAUCUACUAUGAGAUGUCAGAUAUCUCCAUGUGCACAAAGUGGAUGAGGCAUUUUGUUGGCUGUUUAGACAACAGCUUCCAUGUUAAACUUUUGUAUUCUGUAGCUUUCUUUGCCGCCAGCAGAUUUGAUUGCAAUAACGAAGGAACGAAGAGGAUUUUAAGAGAAGGAAAAACGCAAACAAAGGCAAGACCAAGGAGGAAAAUCCCAAGAGGGAACAGAAAGCCUGGAAUUUAGAGCAAAACCAGGCUGAGCCACAGGUGCAAAGACAGAUGUUAUGAUCGAGGAAAACCGCUGGAGAUGGAGCAGAUUUAAACAGAGGAAGCAGCAGAAGCACAGUAAAGGGCUACAGGUACAUAAACAGACAAACAGGCACAGCGAGAAGAAACAUGGAAGCAAGAGAGCAGGAAGAAUGCUGCAGCACAUCAAAAUAUCUCCUCCUCAGUUUCCCUCUGAGCAGAUUUCUGCAACGUUUCUCUCUGCUCGUCCCUCUGAAGUGCUGCUGUGCAUGUAAGACCUUUUCUACACGUUUGUUUUUUUCCACACAUUUUAAAACUUCACUCACAAUGAUACUCCACCUGUUUCACUAUAAUUACACGGUCUUAAGUAAUUAACAUGCAAGUUUGGACAACACACAAAAACAAUUCUGCUGUGUAGGCUCUAUUCUCACAAAACUGUGCCCACUCUUAAGGCUUAUUUUUAGUACCUGAGAUUGUUUUUAUUCUGAGCACACUAACAUGAAAUGAGGUUAUCCCUGAACCUCAGCUGUUGUGGAGUUUUAACCCAUGACCCUCCAGUUAUGCUGCAGUCCUCUUUGGUCUUUCAUUUCAAAUUCCAGAAGAGUAAAGACACAGCUGACGGCAUAAACUACUGACAAAUGUUGAAGAAAUCUUCUCUAAAUCUUCCCAAACAAUCAUUUUAAAAGAGUAGCAGUCUGUUUCUCACAUGAUGGAUUUCUAAUUUUGGAACAAACUUCCCGGCAUUACGGUUCUUUCCCCCUACAGUGUGUGUUUGACACAUUCAGCUGCAUCAUUUUGAUAUCUUGUUUGACUCCUGAAUAAAGGUUUUAUAAUGAC